AUGACUCUUGCUCGCGCCGUUUCCAGCCGAGCGCAACAUCAUGGCCGACGCAACGCCCGACCCGACCCUCCACCUCCCCGCAUCCUCUGCCUGCACGGCGGCGGCGUCAACGCCGACAUCUUCCGCCUGCAAUGCCGCAACCUCAUCGCCCGCCUCGCCGAUACCUUUCGCCUCGUCUUCGUCGACGGGCCCUUCAUCUGCCCGCCCCACCCGACCAUUGUGCGCGUCUACGGCGACCACGGGCCCUUUCGCCGCUGGCUGCGCUGGCAGCCCGACCAGCCCGAGAUCGAUGCCGAGACCGCCGCGAGCCAGAUCCGCUACCAGCUCGAUACCGCGGCCGAGGAGGAUGACUUGCGCGGGGCUACGGGGCCGUGGGUCGCUGUGCUGGGUUUUAGCCAGGGCGCCAAGGUGAGCGCCGGUUUGCUGUAUACGCAGCAGAAGCUCGCCGAGACCCUGGGUCCCGUGGGGGCAUUGCUGGGCCCCGUGGUCGUCAUGGACCCCCGGGUCGACGUCGUCCCCGGCGUCGCGGAUGCCUCGGCCAUGAGCACGGGUUUCAAGGGGUGGCCGGUCGCGAACGAGGGGGACCACAUCUUUACCAUCCCCACCCUUCACGUGCACGGGCUGCGGGACCCGGGCCUCGAGGAGCACAGGAUCUUGCCGAACUUGUACUGCGGGGAGGGCACGACUAAGCUGAUUGAGUGGGAUGGUGAUCAUAGGGUUCCCAUCAAGAUGCACGACGUGGAGGCGGUUGCGGCGGAGAUGAUUGCCUUGGGGAAGAGGACUGGGGUGAUUUGA